ACUACAAAAAUUCGUGCAGUUCGCUUUGUUCGCUUCGUUCAAGCUAUAGAUACAAAUUUUUAAAAAUUCCCUUCCUCCUUUUGAUAUGAAAGGGAAAGUGACAUCUAAUCGCAAAUCUCAAAGAUUGAUCGACAAAAAGAAGAAAGAAUUAAAGAGUCUAAAACCCAAAAAGUCAGUCUCAUCUUUACGAUUAAAAAAUCUACUAAGGCUACAACGAAGAUCAUGGAUGGAAAAUCGGAAGCUAAAGAAGUCUUUAAAGCUACCAGCUGAUACAAGACGAAUAUUUGAUAUUGGAAAUGACUGGGGAGAGUUUGAGGAUAUGAGAAAAAAUCAUGGAGGAGACAAAAAAACAUUUAUUAAGCAUUUAUUGGAUUUAUAUAAAUCUACUCAGAAGGAAUCAUCAAAACCUUUAUCCAGUAAACCAACUACUCGAAAGAAAGCUCAACCGCCUAAACGCUGUAUCAGAGUAGAGCGCGUGGAACCUACAUUUGAAGUUGUUAAUCAGGAGGAGAUGGAUACCUGUAGUCAAGACAAAGAGUUAUCAGCAAAAAAUCAUCCCUGUUCUUCAAAGGCAGAUAUUGAUGCAGGAAAGGCCAUAAUUUGUGAGAUAGAUCUAGAAGUUGAACCUGAUAAAACGGCAAGUGAUGAUGAAGGCGAGGAAAGCUAUGAAGGACGCAGAAUAAGCGGUCAGCCUAUUGAUUUGUACGUAGAGGAUAAGGAUGAUGAAGAAGAGGAUAUGGACGAACCAGUCAAGGAAGGAAAAGGUGUAAAGUACUUGGGCGAAUGGAAUGGUGGAAUGGAAAAUGUCACUAUUGACGAAGACGAUUUUUGGACUGCAAGGGAGCCAAAGAAAAAAUUUAGGCCAACGAAAGUAGCUAUUCAGGAUAACGACGUUCCCACUGGUCAUAAGGUUACAUUUCAUGUGAAAACUUUAAGAAAUGUUGACGAAGAAAAGAAAAUUAUUUAUUGCGAAGCAGAGGGAGGAGUAGAUAUUAUUUCGGAGAAACCUUCUAAGAGAACCAGAAACAGACCUCAGGAAGGAUUCUUAAAGAAUCCAAGUGUGGUUCUACUUUUAGACAAUAUUCAUGCAGCUAAAGAAGUACCAAUCGUAAGCUUCAAAGAAGAUUUUCUUUUUACAGAUAAAUUUCAGGAUAACAAAGCCGAACCUGUAUCAAUAAACUUGAAAGCGUCUAUCGAUUACCAUGAACCAUCAGCAAAUAGUCGAACAAUAUUUUGCACUGGAAGCGCUUGUAUUUCCAACCUUCACUGCGGUUAUUGCGGUGUAUUGUUGCCGAAUAACUUUGAAAUAGACUUAAGACUUGAACCAACUUGCAAAUGUACAAAUUGCGAAAGACCUUUUUCAAAUAAUUUAAAUUUAAGAUUUCAUAGAAAAUCAUAUUUGAAAAAGAUGGUUUGUGAAGUAAAGGAAUGCGAAUUUUCUUGUAGAUCGAAGGAUAUUAUGGCAAAACAUAGCAAAAUGGAACAUACAAUUAUGAUUUGUCCAACGUGUGGUAAAUCUUUUGAUGAGUACAGCAAGUUAAGGAAUCACGAAUAUAAACAUAAGUCGGAUCAUGUAAUUAAAACAUGCAAGUAUUGUAAUCAAGAUUUUAAGAAGUCUGAAAUUUACCACCAUAUUGAAAGAGUUCACACAAAAGCGGGAAAAGUUAAAUGUCCUUACGAAGAAUGUGGUCUUGAAGUGAGGGAGACCUAUUUAAGAACUCACAUAAAGAAAAUACACUCUGAAGAAGCUACUAAAAUCUGUACAGUUUGCGGGAAGAAGAUUAAAAUGUCAUAUUUUACUGAUCACGAAAAGAUUCACGAAAGAGAAAAGAUCAAAUGUAAUUAUUGCGAUAUGACUUUUAUAAAUGAAGAGUCUAGAGCUAGACAUGAAGAAUAUAGGCAUCAUUAUAUUGACAAAGAGGUUGAAGAAAGAGUAGAAUUACCAGAUGACUUCCAGGACUCUGAUAUAUUGAUUAAAUGUUUCGUUGAUGGAUGUAAUUAUGUGACCCAUGUACCAAAGGAUAUGAGGGUUCAUUACGUUGAAGAGCAUGGAAUUGUUGAAAGAAAAAUCAUGAGAUUUCAGUGUCCUCAUGACGGUUGCUCAUUCCUUGGUAGAAAGAAAUUUCAUAUAAAUGUUCAUUAUAAGAGAGCCCACUCUAACAUGGAAGUAUAUCCUUGUCCAAUGUGUGGUAAACGCUUAGCCUCCAAUGCUAGUAGAGUGAGACAUAUGAGGGUGCACACUGGUGAAAAACCUUUUGACUGUGCCGUCUGUAAAAGGAGCUUUAAUCAGAAAACACCUAGAAAUAAUCACGAAAAAAGAAUUCAUAACUACCAUCGACCGCCCGUAAGAAGAAGUGGUAUGAUAGGGCCAGAAAGAGAAGAACUAGAAGAAGAACCUCAAGUACAUUACUUGACUGCGGUCAGUGCCGAAGUGAUCAUUAAUCCAUAA